CUUAGCUGCAUUCGCGGAACCGCGGAAACGGAAAAGCCAAAGAUGCUGGACUGCAUCUGCCGGCCGGAGACCUCUCUCAUCGCACAGAACCACGAACGAAUUGCACAAACCGGACAGAACCGAAAUUCAGAGUUCCUGGGUGCAACAACUGUUCCUAGGCUUGACAUUUCCGAAGCCUGGUUCGCGUCGUCAUGGUUGCGUGGCUGGAUGGUGGGCUACGCCCACGCGAAACUCCCUAUGCAUCGGUUCUUGAGAGUUUCUCAAACACCAACCACAUUCCCGCCAUGGUGAUUAGUACCAUCGGGUCUCUUAAAGCUAAUUGCUGAGAGUCGCGCGGCUCCCACUAGAAGUAUGGCUACAUUCCAGGAAAUUCGAUCAGACAUGCACGCCAGGAGCGAGCCAGUACUUGAUUCCGUACGCGCUAUAAGCGAGCAGGUUGUCAGCUCCAUCCGUCCGUACGUCAUUCCCUUCGCGGUCAUCCUCUCUAUAGUCAUCCCCAUUAACCUGGCAUUUCAGUCGCCUCCCGGUCUGCUUUCCAGCUCCUGGAGCAGCAGUGGAGGUUCGGAAGCGUCGGUUCCGUACCUGCCGCCUAGCCUCGGAUGGGCCGCGUUUCUCUUUCCCAGCAUGAGCGGCAUUGACGCGGCGAUUUGCCGUGCAGAGGCGAAUUACUGGGAGAACCGGGUGCUUAGGCGCAGGGCGUGCAACGGCACGCUGCAACCCGCGCCGGUGAUGACUGAUAAAUUUAUGAAGACUGUCAUGCUCAUCCCCACUUACCCGUGCCCCGUCAACGAACGCAUUGGAAUUUGGGGGGACGGGGGAAAGUGGACCUGCCUGCUUCCCUUGGCCAUUCAGAAGGAGCCUGUCGUGUAUAGCAUUGGAAGCAAUGGCAGGUACUCAUUCGAAGAGGCCAUCCACGGCAUUCUGGAAGUGCAGCCGUACACCUUCGACCCCUUCCUGACUCCCGAGAAGCUCGCCCGCAUGCGAAACGUCUCCUUUGUUCACUUCAACGAAAUCGGCCUCUCUGCGAGCACAUCCCUUAAGAGCUACAGCAGCAAAUUCCCUGGACUGAAAUUCAUGACUCUGGAGGGUAUGAUGCAAAUGCUGAACCACACCUACGUGGACGUGUUCAAGAUUGACUGCGAGGGCUGUGAGGAGGCGCUGCUGACGGAGCUUGGGGCGGCGAAUAACAACGCGGCUGCGCAGCUCACCAUUCACGGGGGGACGCUGCCUUUUGGGCAGAUCCUCAUCGAGUUCCACAAAAUGACUCUGCCCAAGGUUAUUCUGCCACUCGUCUACACGUUGGAGAAUCUAGGCUACAGAAUGUUCAGUGUUGAGUACAACCACCAGUGCAGGCACUGCGCCGAAAUGAGCUUCAUUCACGAGAGCCUUGUGCGGCCGCAUAGUGACAAGGACUGCCGACCGUACAUGGCUUCAGAUGUUUUCUCGAGGAAGCAACUGGAGGCUGCAGUAGCGCAGGAGAAAAUGGAUGCAAAACGCGGCUCGUCGUGAUGACUGUAUAGACUCCAUGAGGCACACUUGGAAUGGAACCAAGUACAGUAACAUGAAGUGCUCCAAGCGGAUUCGUAGGUCAUUCAUUUGGGAAAAACUUUACUCACGUGCUUGACUAGAAGGAAACAUGUAUUCGUAACUUCCUCUUCCUUAAGGCUUGGCUGUACCUGUACUUCU